AUGUGUGCACUUGUCCCUCCAGUAUUUCCCAAUUUCGACUGGCCUUGUGGAGACCAGAGCUUAUAUUUCAACGACGACAUAACCAACACGUUUCUUGAUUUUUCGUUGCCGGACUUGGAGGUGGCUCAUCAGAAUGUGUCGUCACAGAGACAUGGAAUUUUAGAAGUAAAGAAUCCUGUCGUUAUGAAGAAGCUUAAUCACAAUGCAAGCGAGCGUGAUCGUCGCAAGAAGAUCAACGCUAUGUUCUCAUCUCUUCGUUCUUGUCUUCCAGCUACCGAACAAUCGAAGAAGUUAAGUGUUUCCGCAACGGUUUCACAUGCAUUGAAGUACAUACCAGAGUUGCAAGAGCAAGUCAAGCAGCUCAUAAAGAAGAAAGAUGAGCUCUCCUUCCAAAUCUCAGGUCAAAAAGAUCUGGUUUACACUGACCAAAACGGUAAUCCAGAGAAAGGAGGCACAAGUUAUGCAUCAACUGUAUCUGCGACUAGGCUCGGUGAGACAGAAGCAAUGGUCCAAAUUUCAUCGUUACAGACUGAAAAGUGUUCGUUUGGAAAUUUACUGAGUGGAAUAGAAGAAGAUGGGUUUGUUCUUAUGGAUGCUUCAUCUUCGAGGUCUAAAGGAGAGAGACUCUUUUACACUUUGCAUAUUCAGAUGGAUAAUUGCAAUCUGAAUUUUGUAGAGUUAACUGAUAGGUUAUUGUAUUUGUACGAGAAAUGUGGAAAGUCGUGUACAUAA